CCACAGUUCACCAAAUAAGUAAUAUGAAGACAGUAUUUGCUCUUGCUGCCCUCCUCCCAUGCGCGGCUGGUUUUGUGGCUCCGGUGGCCUUCCCCACAGCCUCCUCCGCAGGGAAAGCCAUGCGAGGCCGCACUACCAUGAUGGCGGAACGAUCCAAGUCCCUUCCCUUUCUGAUGAAGCCCAAGAAUUUGGACGGGUCCAUGGCGGGUGACGUUGGCUUCGACCCCUUGGGCCUGUCAGAGAUCAACGAAGUCGGCAUCGACCUGUACUGGUUGCGGGAGGCGGAACUCAAGCACUGCCGCCUCGGGAUGAUGGCCGCGGCCGGCAUUCUCUUCGUGGAGGCUGUGGGACCCGCCCCCGGUUUCCCCUCCACCAAGAGCCAAAUGGAUGCGUUCUGGACCGUGUACGCCGAGAAGCCUUCCCUCGUGGGGGCGGCCUUGGUAGCUAUUGCGAUUUUGGAAGUGAUCUCGGGUGUCGCCACCACCCAGGGCCGUCAAAACGGGGAUCGAGCGCCCGGCGACUACAACUUUGACCCCCUGGGCUUUGGAAAGGACCCCGCCAAGUUCAAAGACUUGCAGCUCAAGGAAGUGAAGAACGGCCGCCUUGCCAUGAUUGCUGCCGCAGGCAUGAUUCUUCAAGGUGUCUCCACUCACCAAGGUGCAUUGCAAAACUUGAACGGAAACUAGGCUUCUCCUUGAACUGGGUGCGAUGAGAAUGCAGCCCUUCCCUUGACAGACGUGACGGAGCUAGCCCCCCCUGUCACUUUUUUUUUGUGGUCGUCAGCCCGAACCAUGUCCUAGCAUGCUGCUCCCGUGAAUGUCCGAGUACAUCCCUAUCGUCGCGUAGCGAACUGAUGACUGAGCCUAAGUGGAGGAGGAAAGAUGGUGAGGGCACGCGGAGGGUAGAGUAUGUAAAGUUGGAAUGAGGACAUGGAAUCGAAGGGGAAGUGAGGGAUGGAGGAUGACACACCAGUAAUUUGACGAGCUUGAAAAAUAAAUCACUCGUACGUUAGCGUUCAAAGUUAUAUGCCUCGUCCAUUAGUAUUCUUGGUUAUUGUAGUCGUGGUGGAGUACAACGUGGUGUGCUGUCUAACUCCCAACAUCAUUCCUUAUCGCGGCAAAAGAAAGAAGAAGAACGGGUGA